CCCUUUUUCUUCCACGGUCACUUGUGCAGGGCUUCCACCAUGGCAGAGCGCAGAGGAAACUGGGAAAAAGCGGAGGACGACCUGCCGGUUUACCUCGCCCGACCCGGCACUGCAGACCAGGUGCCCCGGCAGAAAUACGGCGGCUUGUUCUGCAGCGUCGAGGGCGCGUUCGAGAGUAAAACCAUAGACUUUGACGCCCUGAGCGUUGGGCAGAGGGGCUCCCGCACCCCGAGGAUCUCCAAGAGAGAGACCGCUCAGGAGGCGAGGAGCCCGGCGAGUGACAGCAAGAGCCUCCCCGCUGUGGAAAGUCUCGCUGCAGACAGGGAAGGAGGAAACGACCCAGCGCAGGUUGAGAUCAGGACCAGCGGUGGGAAAGAAGUGCUGCAGAACCUGGGAGAUGAAAAGAGCGACAGGCUUCUGAUCAAAGGCGGGAGGAUCGUGAACGAUGACCAGUCCUUCCAUGCCGACAUCUACAUGGAGGAUGGCGUCAUUAAGCAGAUCGGCGACAACCUGAUCGUGCCCGGUGGCGUGAAGACCAUCGAGGCCAACGGGAAGAUGGUGAUCCCCGGCGGCAUCGACAUCCACACCCACUUCCAGAUGCCGUACCGCGGAACCACAACCGUGGAUGACUUUGCUCAGGGGACCAAGGCUGCUCUCGCUGGUGGCACGACCAUGAUCGUGGACCAUGUGAUCCCAGAUCCUGGUGCAAGCCUGCAGGAGUCCUACGACCAGUGGAGGCAGUGGGCUGAUGAGAAGGCCUGCUGCGACUAUUCUCUCCACGUGGACAUCACCCACUGGAACGACAGUGUGAAGCAGGAGGUGGAUAAUCUGAUCAAGGAGAAAGGUGUGAACUCGUUCCAGGUCUACAUGGCUUACAAGGACUACUACCAGAUGAGCAACAGUGAGCUUUAUGAGGUCUUCACCUUCCUGGCGGAGAGGGGAGGCAUCGCUCAGGUCCACGCCGAAAAUGGCGAGAUCAUCGCUGAGGAGCAGGCCCGGAUGCUGCAGAUGGGCAUCACUGGACCAGAGGGACAUGUGCUGAGCAGGCCAGAAGAGCUGGAGGCGGAGGCGGUGUUUCGUGCCGUCACCAUAGCCAGCCAAACCAACUGUCCCCUCUACGUGACCCGCGUCAUGAGCAAGAGUGCCGCCGACAUCAUCUCACAGGCCCGGAAAAAAGGAAAUGUUGUGUUUGGGGAGCCAAUCACCGCCAGCCUGGGGACUGAUGGGACACAUUACUGGAGCAAGAAUUGGGCCAAAGCAGCUUCUUUUGUAACAUCACCUCCUCUAAGCCCUGAUCCAACCACACCAGACUAUCUGAACACACUGCUGUCCAGCGGAGACCUGAGUGUGACUGGCAGCGCUCACUGUACCUUCAGCGUGGCUCAGAAGGCCAUCGGCAAGGAUGACUUCACUCAGAUCCCGGAAGGUGUCAACGGAGUGGAGGAGAGGAUGGCCCUCAUCUGGGAUAAAGCUGUGACUACGGGUAAGAUGGAUGAGAACAUGUUCGUGGCCGUCACCAGCACUAACGCAGCCAAGAUCCUGAACCUGUACCCGCGUAAGGGCCGGAUCGCCGUGGGCUCUGAUGCCGACCUGGUCAUCUGGGACACAGACUCCAUUCGCACCAUCACUGCCAAGACACACAACUCGGCUGCUGAGUACAACGUCUUCGAGGGCAUGGAGCUGCGCGGAGCCCCACUGGUAGUGAUCUGCCAGGGGAAGAUUGUCCUGGAGGACGGGAACCUUCACGUCACCUCUGGAGUGGGCCGCUUCAUCCCCUGCUCUCCCUUCCCUGACUUUGCCUACAAGCGCGUUAAAGCCAGGAAGCAGCUGGCGGUCCUGAGGGCAGUGCCCAGGGGAAUGUACGACGGCCCCGUCUCCGAAUUCUCCAUGUCCCGUGGCGGCACCCCGUCCGCGUCUGCGCGCACUUCUCCGACCAAACAGCCCGUCAGAAACCUGCACCACCAGUCCGGAUUUAGUCUAGCAGGUAACCCUGCAGUAUGCGGCCCCCCCACCCCAGACGAGGUCCCCAUCAGGCCCGCCGGCCGGCGUAUCGUUGUGCCCCCUGGUGGCCGCUCAAACAUCACAUCUCUCAGUUAAACAGCAGGAAGAGAAAAAGGGGCACGCGUCCAGAAAACGGCAACAGCCAGAGGGUGGGAGGGAGGGGAGGGAGGGAUAGAGGGGAGGGAGGGACACCGGGGAGGGAGGAGGAGGAGGAGAUGCAGAGGACCAUGAUUAGUUAAAAGUUGAAAAAAAAAAAAAAGCAAAACACUGAAUCCUCAUGCCUUACCUGUCACAAUGCUACUAUGCUCGGAUGAGAACAGUAUCCCUUUUCCUGGGUAAUUAGAUAAUUGAGGUGGUUUUAAUUUUUACCAAAGCACAUUGAACACACUCAGAACAGAAAACACUACACCACACCACACCACACUACCUACCUACACUACAGGGACAAUAUGUUAACAACAGGACAAUAAACCAGUAAACCUCCACACAUUUAAUCAAAUGAAGAGACGGAAAACGGAUACUGCAUUUCUCAGAACGAUGCUGUGGUUCUUUCAUCCUGUUUGACUUUCAAUGUCACCCCCCCACUUUUCAGUAGCCUGCUUUCUCCAUAGUCAGCAACACUAGAUCCUAAAUUAGCCAUGUAAUAUCAUGCAGUACCAUUGGUUAACUCUAGGUGGCAUUGUAUAUAUAUAUAUGGUAGAUGUAAUGCUUUGUGAAUGACGUUGUUGCAGCCUGUUUGGGUUCACUGGACCAAGUAAGAGGUGUUUUAUCAAAUCAGAGAGCGGGAGAGCCGUGGGACGUGGAGCUGCAUGGGCCGCAUUAACAUGGGCGACGUGAUCCAGGAUCCUUUCGCCCUCCUCCUCUGAGGUGGUUUGAUGAAUACCGCUCCCAUGAUGAUAUGUUAUGCUCAUUAUUGAUGUUUAAAGAAGAAGAAGAAAAAAAAAAGGUAGACACAUCUGAAAAGAAUCUGUCAAGAAACAAAGAAUAAGACAAAAAAAAAAAAAAAAAAACGCUAGAAAGGAUUUUAACCCCAAAACUUUUAUGUCUGUUUUUUUAUUUUUUUUAUUUCCUGCACUCCAUCGCCGCUGUAUAAAAAUAACAUUGCAAAAAAAAAAAAGAAACCGUCCUUUGCAUUUGCUUCUAGCUUACGGGCUGCUCUCGUCACCUUGUGAUCAUCCCGACAAGAACCUGAACCUGAUCACGACAAGAAAUAAAACUGUCCCACAAAGUUCAACCAUAACAUUCAGCGGAGCGCUUUGCAACUGAGGGCACCUGCAAAAAUAGUAAGAAUAGUAAGAAAAAGAAUAGAUGAAACGAUUAAGUAACAAAAACCUGCUUUCAGAUAACAGCACUUCACUUCUUGCUUUUCUUUUUCAUUCCUGACCCACUAAUUCAACUAAUUCAACAUCAGCCUGAAUAUAACUGAGCCUGGCUGGGUUCAGUCUAAUGUUCUGAUUGUGUUAGGUGGUGGCGGGGGUGGGGGUUAGAGCUCGUUUUUUUUUUUUUUUUUUUUUUUUUUAAGUCUCUGCUGUUUCCUGAUAAGGCAGGGGAUUGCAGUGCAGUAAGGGAAGCUUUUAUUUUGUCGUCGCCCCACUGUGGGGGAAAGGAGGGAGGUUUUCAUUCGGCAGACCGGGGCAGGCACAAGUGGUGGUUUGUUGUAUUUAUGUUAGUUUGCCGACCUUUGUUACUGUUUUUUUCUUUUUUGUUGUUGUUUCUUUUUUACUGUUGUAUCAAAACCCAGAGAUGGCAGGUCAAAAAUAAGGUGUGGUGUGGAAGUAUGAUUUGUUUCCUGAAUAAACAUGAGUUGCAACUUA